AUGGCGCAGAAAGGAGUUCAGCUGGACCGGGAAAUCUUAUCUUGUCCCAUCUGUCUGGAUCUACUGAAGGAUCCGGUGACCAUCCUGUGGACACAGCUACUGCAUGAAGUGUAUUACAGGCUUCUGGGAUGGAGAGGAUGCUGCUAUGCUGGAGCUGAAGAUGUGGCCUGUGAUGUCUGCACUGGGAGGAAACUGAGAGCCUGUAAGUCCUGUCUUAUGUGUCUUAUAUCUUACUGCGAGAAACACCUCCAGCUUCAUUAUGAUUCACCUGCCUUUGAAAAACACAAGCUGGUGGAGCCCUCGAAGAAGCUCCAGGAGAACAUCUGCUCUCGUCACGACGAGGUGAUGAAGAUGUUCUCUCUGCUCUGUGGAUGAACAUAAAGGCCACGACACAGUGUCAGCUGCGGCAGAAAGGACUGCGAGGCAGAGAAAGCUGGAGGGGAGUCGACAAAACAUCCAGCAGAGAAUCCAGGACAGAGAGAAGGAGGUGAAGCUGCU